UCAGGGGUGAAGGCUUUCCCGAGGGCGGGCUCCGUACGUGUUCUACGUAAUUCGCCGAUGUCGUCACGCGGUAGCCGGUCGAGUUUUAGAGAUGAAUAUCCAGAAGCCUGAGGGUCUUUUAUCGGUGGUUUUACCAACUGAACUUGCAUCCUCCUCGAGUUCGCGGCAGCUGAUUAUAAAUCAAGACCAACAGGAUGAAGAAGCGUCGGAUUGUCCACUUUUGACUCCCAGUCCUCCGGCGAUGGAAGCGAACGACGCCUUGGAAUCCGGUGCGAUCUUCGUUUCGCUCGAAGGAAAUCCCGUGGAAUCGAUGCCGCCGCCUACGCUCGAGAACAUUAAUAAAGAGGACGGGCUUACCGAGUUCAUGAGCAUAGUGAACAGCUCCAGCAGAACGCUGAACGAUGAACCGAGUUCGAGGGACCCGAUGGUGGAAUCGACGACCAGCGGAAGUAGCAGCGACACGAACGGGCCCGUUUGUGCACAAUUACUCACGCAGUUGAACACAGCGUAUCAACAUCUCGCUCCUGAUGCCCAAGCAUUGUUUUACAAUCAGGAGAACGGCGGCAAGCCACCAUUGGUUGGGAUUCAUUUGAUGGUGCCGAAGCCGUCUAAGGAUUAUCGUUUUAUGAAAUGGAACUGGCCGCUUAUCCGGAAGACUUGCUUCUGGUCCCUGAUGUCGUUGUUCGCCGGCUGCGUUGCAUUGGUCAUCGGCGUUAUCGCGACCAUGCCGAAAAAAUGCGAUCCUUCGGUCCAGUGGUGGCAGGGCAGCGUUUUCUACGAAAUAUUCCCAGCAUCGUUCCAAGACUCCUCGAAGGGCGGCGACGGGAUCGGCGACCUCCGAGGUAUCACUAUGCGUUUAGACUAUCUGAAGAAAUUAGGGGUGCGCGGGAUCCGGUUGAACUCCAUUUUCCCAGCGGCUCACUACCCCGAGUAUUAUUCAAACAUCGAGAAUUUGACGGACCUGAAUAAGGAAUUAGGAACGUUGGACGAUUUUGCUACGCUGGUGCGCGAGAUCCAUCGACGAAACAUGAGUUUGAUCUUGGAUCUCCCACUGUUCCCAUUCAUAAAAACUCUAUACGAAGAUAAUACGUUCUCCGAAAAACCGAAUAGGACAGACAAAGCCGUCCGCGAGAGAAGAGACGUUCCAGAUCGACUGGAAGUUGUACCGACACCUUCCACGUCGUUAGAAGCGAUUCGAGGAGCGUUGUCCUCGAUAUCGCCAGCUGUGGACAAGCCUCAGCAUCAACCGCUUACUUCGAAUCCCGUGGCAGAGAGUCCGAUCACGGCAGCUAUUAAGAUUUGGUUGGAACGAGGAGUCGAUGGCUUCUACUUGAAAGGGUUGGAGCAUUAUGUAGAUGAAGUGCCCUUCUCAAGUAGCUUGAAGCAUUGGAAGUCGAUGUUAGGAUCCGAAAGGAUAUUGAUUUGCCACGUGAACGCGUUGAACGCUGCUAAGCCGAACCUCACGGCGUGGAAUUCUAUCUUGAUGAGGAUAGAUCUUAUAGACAUCACGUUGCACGUUGCGAACGGUACGAGGGAAAUUAAGAGGCAAGUGGAGGACGUUAUGCAAGGGGUGUUGUUCGAAAAACCAGGGUACCCUUGGAUACACUGGUCUAUAGGGAGCGUCGAUUCCAAAAGAGUAGCUUCGACUAUUAGCGUGAAGAAUGCUACCAUGGCCACCGCCUUGUUGGGCAUGAUGCUCCCGGGAACGCCGAGCAUAUUCUAUGGCGAUGAGAUAGGUAUCACGGACUGUGAAUGCGAGGAUCACAAGGACCUGGAUCACGUGCACAAUCUAGCUCCGAUGUAUUGGGAGAAAAUCGACGGUUCGGACUUCAAAUUCGCGUCUAUCGGCGUCACGGCCUGGCUUCCGGAAGCUACCAAACCGUUAGACACGAGCCUGCUGGGAACUAUCGCUGAAAUGGCUGCUCUGAGAUCAGAGACAACGCCAAUUUAUGUUAAAUCGGCGUUAAAAGAGAAAAAGAUGAUAGCGAACUGUGAUAUUAGAUAUGCGGAUGACGAAAUAAUUGUAAUAGAACGAUGGUAUCCACGACGGAACUCCUAUGUGUUUCUAGCGAAUUUGGGUAACAGCACACAAUCGAAAGAUCUGUCUUUUCUUUAUUACGGUGGCCACGUUGUGGUCGGUCCCUCGCACAGAAUGAACAAGGACGUGUACUUCAAGGAAGUGGUUGUACCUCCCGGAGAGGCUUUCGUAAUAAAGCUUGAUAAAUAAGGAUCCAUUGGAAAAUCGAGGGUCCGCGCAAUAUUCACUUUACGUGUAUGAUCAAUAAUUUUGCGUCUUUAAUUAAUAUUUUAAACGUGACUUUGUGAUACGUUAUUCAGGAGAUGAGGUAGAAAUUGUGAACGUUGUACAACGAAUGUUUCGAUGAAAGUUCCUAUAUUUUGGUCGUGAGUCAACCGGGAAUCGCAAAAGGAUGACACUUUACAGGUUUGUGUGAACCGAACGAUUUCGCAUACGUAUGUAGUUGACAUAGACUUGGACGUAGAAUCAAAAAGGGUUGCGAGGAGAAGAAUCAAAUUUUACACUGUUAUGUUGUCAGGUAAUAAUAACAAUAAUAAUGAAGAAGCACAACGAACGAUCGCGCGUAAUUCACAUUCCAAAGACAGACAGAUCAUUUCACGCAUGCCUGUGUUCAUUUUAACGAUCAAAAUCUACGUACGAAGGGCUGCUUCGUUCUAUUUUGUAUAUUGCCUUCUUAAUCAUUUUGAUAACAGAACCAAAGACGAUUGUGGCUCAAUUGAUUGUUCUUAAUCACGAUAUAAAUUCAAUACGUAAGA